AUGGGUCGCAAGCAGAGAUCAGCCAACUUGCUGAACAACCUCCCGCAGCUGCAGAACCUGAUCAAGCGGGAUCCGUCGUCGUACCGCGAGGAGUUCAAGCAGCAGCUGCAGCACUUUGAGGCGUCGCUGGCGAUUUUCGAGCUGAAGCCAGACGAGGAGGCGCGGGAGUUUGGCGAGCAGAUAAACUUUCUCUCGCAAGUAGCCAAAUGCUAUCCGCGCGACUGCAUGCACUUCCCGGACAAGCUGAUCGGCCUGCUGCAAAAGCACUACCCGGUUUUGAACUCGGACCUGCGGCGGUCGAUCGUGCAGGCGUUGAUACUUCUGCGGAGCCGCCGGGUGGUGUCGAACAUGAAGGUUAUGCCGCUGUUUUUCACGCUGUUCCGGUGCCGCGACAAGCCGCUGAGGGAGCUCCUGUACAAGCAUAUUGUGAAUGACGUGAAGCUGGCAAACAAGGGGAAGCACCGGAACCACAAGCUGAACAAGGCGCUGCAGGGAUUCAUGUAUACGAUGAUUACGUCGGCCGAUGCGCAGGACAAGCAAGGGGAGGGGGCGAUUGCGGCGAAGAAGAGCCUGGAUGUGUGCGUGGAGCUGUACCGCAAGGGCAUCUGGACGGACGCCAAGGCGGUUAAUGUGAUUGCGCAGGCGUGCUUUUCGCCGAUCACCAAGGUGAUGAUGACGGCGGUGCAGUUCUUCUUGAACCCAAUCAAGAAGAAGAGCGACGGGGACGAGUCCGACUCGGACGGCGACGUGGACAACUCCAAGGCAGGCAGCAGGUACGUGCCUUUGUCGAUGGUGCAGCACCAGAGCAAUGUGACGAAGAAGACAAAGUACCGCAAGCGUAAGCUGGAGCGGAUCGAGCGGCAGUACAAGCGCGAGCAGGCGAAGCGCACGGGCGCGUACUUUGACGACGACGCGGAGGAGAAGAAGGGCAAGAAGAAGCAGGUGGUGGUGAAUUUCGAGGCAAUCAGCCUGAUCCACGACCCGCAGGGGUUCACGGAGAAGCUGUUUGGGAAGGUCCAUGCGGCGACGACGGCCACAAAGCGCGGCGGCGGCUCGGUGGAGCGGUUCGAGGUUAGGCUGGCGAUCCUGCGGCUGGUGUCGCGGAUGAUCAACCACCACCAGCUGCAGUUGCUGGCGUUCUACCCGUUCUUCCAGCGGUACCUGCAGCCGCACCAGACUGAAGUGACCCAGAUUCUGGCCAUUCUGGCCACCGCCUGCCAUGCAUUUACGCCGCCGGAUGUGCUGCAGCCGCUGAUCCGGGCGACAGCCGACAAUUUCGUGGCCGACCACUGUGCGCCUGAGGUCAUGUGUGCUGGACUCAACACAAUCCGUGCGAUUGCCACGCGGCAGCCGCUGGCGGUGGAUGCGGAUCUGCUGAACGACCUGAUCCAGUACCGCAAGCACAAGGACAAGGGCGUGAUGAUGGCGGCCCGCAGCCUGCUGGCGCUGUACCGGUCGGUCAAUCCAGAGAUGCUGAGCCGCAGGGACCGCGGCAGGGACGCGAGCAUGGGGGAGGGCGUCAACAUCAUGGCGGCGUUUGGCGAGGCCAGGCCGGCCGAGGGCGUGGAGGGAGCGGAGCUGCUGGAGGACGAAGAAGAGGCUGGAGGGGAGGACCAGGAGCAGCUGGAGGCUGGAUGGGAACAGUUUGAGGCUGCAACUGAUAGCGAGGAGGAGGAGGAGGAGGAGGAGGAUGGCGAGGAGUGGGCCAACGCUGACGAUGAUGACGAGGCCGUGAUUGAGGUUGGAUCGUCUGAUGAGGAAGAGGGAGGAAGGAGGAGUGGCGACGAAGAAGAGGCUGUGGUGGAAGCCGUGGUGGAGGCUGUGCCAGCCAAGGCGGCGCCCAAGCGGCAGCGGAUCGAGAUGACGCGGUUCUUGACGAACGAGGACUUUGACCGGAUUGACAAGCUGAAGCGGCGGCAGAAGAAGGGCACGCUGCCGACACCUGUCCGUGUCAAGACCGACGACUACUCCGAUGAUGAUGAAGUCGACCUGUCAGACGCGUCGUCCUCAUCAUCAUCAGACAGCGAGAACAACGACUACGUGGACAACGUGGACAUUCUGGGCGACUACCACACGCGCAAGCGCCGCAGAAAGGCCACGUACGAGGAGCGCACGGCGACGAUCAUGGCCGGACGCGAGGGACGCGACAAGUUCUCGAGCUCCAAGGCCAAGCGCGACCGUGACGGGCGCAGUCUGUCGAACAAGGAGAAGCGCAAGACCAAGGACUACCGCAUGAUUUCACACAAGCGCGGAGUGGUCAAGAAGGGCAGACGGAGUCUGGUGGAGAAGCAGCGCAGUCUGCGCAAGCACAUCGUCAAGCAGAAGAAGAAGGGAUUUUAAGUUUUGACGGUUGCGCUUCAUGGCCACGCUCCGUGGUAGGUUUGUCUAUUCCUCAAGCUGCAUCAGCUCACUAUUCUUUGCG